UGCGGCCUUGUUGUUAAGGAACAGCUCGGCUCCCAAGUAUUCCCCUGGUGGACUACCGUAAUUGCUCGCAAAACUGGCAAAUUUCCCUGCAGCUAACGAAAGGUAAGGCAACGGGAUGAACCCUUUACGGUCACCAGCACGGUCAGGAUACGACCCGGUUAGCUUGGAGCAUCCCGACUCCCAUAUCAGGGGUGAUAGCAACGACGUCGAAAGCGCCCAAAACAUUCCUCUUUCCGCUACGUCAUCUUCCAUGUACCCCCCUGCCCCCCAACAGCGUCGGGGGGCCUCCCCUUCUCAGUCGUCUCUUCCUCUCGGUGCAGGCGCGCCGAAACGGGUACAUAUUGUUGACGACUCCUUCGACGUCAAUGCCAGGUCCCAGAGUUACGAUGCUGAAAGCGGUGGAUUCUCCAGUCCUUCGAUGCCAGAGCCAGUUAAGCCUCCGGCGCACAGCCGAGGGUCCAGCUGGGACAUUUUGAACGGUAUCAGGAAGUUUGAGCAUUCCUACGAAGAAUUCGACUCUAGAAAUGCAAGCCAGAGCCACUUGGUUUAUGCAGAUGGGGACAUGCCCAAUAACAAGGUUUCCAAACUAUACAAUUAUUUGCUGAAUGUAUCAAUCGUUUCCAGGUGGAUCUUGUUCAUUCUACCAAUCAUGGCUAUACUUUGGAUCCCAGGUAUACUUCAACUCACUACCUUCCCCAAUGCCAUGGUUUGGGGUGUCAAACUUCUUUGGUGGAGUAUAUGGCUUAGUGUCGUAUGGGGCGGGUGGUGGGUCGCUUUGGCUGGUUCACGUCUAUUACCACCUAUCAUCCGUGCGACCGUCGGCGCAGUAGCCGUGGCUGCAAGAAGAUACAUCGAUUGGGCAUCGGCAUUACAUCGAUAUGUCGCCCUGUUUGCUUGGUCGCUCGCUAAUUGGAUUACUUGGAAUCCCGUUAUCGACAGUCGUCAGAGUUCAGACGCCUCCGAGAAAUCUGUCAAUAUCAUCAACCUUAUCGGCAAAUUGUUGUUCGGUAUAUACCUUUGUGCGGCGGUGCUGCUGGCUGAGAAAUUUGCUAUUCAAUGGAUUGCCGCAAAAUUCCAUGAACGGUCUUACGCCGAGCGUAUCGCUGACCAAAAAUUCGCCGUCAGGUCUCUCGUUACUUUAUACCGACAUUCUUCAGAUAUACCUGGCCGUUCAGAUACCCUGAAGGAGAGCACUUCAAAAGGCAUUGCGGCUCCGAGGAAAUUUUUUAAACGUGCAAUGAAAGGAGUGCGGGUUGCCGCAACAACAACGACAUCGGCUUUCGGAAAUGUUGCCUCCGAGAUUGCUGGCAGUUCGGUGCUCCAGCCAAACUCUCCACAAGCAAUGGUCAAGACUGCUUUGGAAUCAGCCAACAAGUCUCGUUUGCUCGCUCGCCGGCUCUUUUAUUCCUUUGUCAAGCCUGGCUCCGAUUGGCUCUUCGUCGAAGAUAUUGCGCAAUUUUUCCCGACCCCAGACGAAGCCGAUCAAGUGUUCGCACUUUUUGAUAAAGAUUCAAACGGUGAUGCAUCUAGGGAUGAGGUUGAGAUGGCUUGCUUGGACUUUCAUCGAGAACAACUGUCCAUCGAGCAUUCAAUGCAGGACCUGGACAGUGCCGUUGGGCGUCUAGAUAACAUCUUGAUGUCUCUUUAUGUCGUUGCCGCUGCUUUGAUCAUUGCGAUUUGCUUGGAAGCGCAGUUGACGACCUUGAUCACUGGCGCUGGAACAUUUGUUCUCGGAUUGAGUUGGUUAAUUGGAUCAAGUCUUUCUGAGGUUCUCACAAGUAUCAUCUUCCUCUUUAUUCGGCAUCCCUUCGAUGUCGGAGAUCGUGUGGAUUUGGAGAAGGCGUCCUAUACCGUGAAGGAGAUCCGCCUCUUGAGUACGAUAUUUUUGGACUCGAACGGAGUAUAUGUUCAGGCACCUAACAGCGUACUAAACACUCUGUUCAUACAAAAUAUCCGGCGUAGUCCGCAAAUGAGCGAGACGUUCACCUUUGACGUCAGCUACGCAACGUCAUUCGAAGAUUUGGAACGACUCCGAGAGAAAAUGCUUGCCUUCGUCAAGGGAGAAAGGCGUGAUUACCAGCCGGUGUUUGAUGUAGCGGUCGUUGAUUUUCCUGAUCAAGAAAAGAUGACUCUUUCGGCGGAAAUCAAAUACAAAAGCAACGGCCAGCAGGGUGGUUUGAAAGCCAAACGCAGAAACAAAUGGAUCUGUGCAUUGAAGUCGGUCCUGGCAGACCUGCACAUUUAUGGCCCGACCGGCAAUCCAGAUAAAGAACCUGCAACUAAACGUUACACCAAGGUUCCUUGGGAGAAAGUUGAAGCUGACAAUAGAAAAAAGGCAACGGAGAUGCCGCUCGUACCUGCUGAACCUGUUGGGGGUUGGCAUUUGUCGGGCUCGAACCUAAUAGUUGGAGGUGCUGAAGACGACGUCUUUGGCGAAGCCGAUGAGCUUCAUAUGACGAGUCCUCGCCGAGGACUCUCUGACGAUUCGGGGCUCCCGACUGCCUCUUCAGCUGUCCGUAUGCCAAGUGCGAUGACUAUGCCGACUUCCGGAUCAUCUAGUGCUGUGAAUAUUGCAGGAGCGGAUUUCAUCGAGAUGAAGCCACGCUCAUGAGGUUAAGCUGGAAUUGACCGGACUCUUUUGCCGAGGUGAUAUAGUCGGACACUGCUAAGUAUCUUUGAGACUGAGAUCUAUAUGGAACUUUCUGGAUUUUUACGAAAUAACUACUUACAUAUAGAUUACAAACAUAACUCUAACGAUCCAGACUACACGGUCCAUCCAUUUGAUUGCUGUUCAGGACUUGACCAACCACCGGACCCACCCCAUGCACUUGUAGCGCCCCCGG